CUGCGUGAGUGGUACGCUCGGCGCUGCAGCCUCCGGAGUGGAGCUCCUGGCGCUGAGGUACCGCCAGCUGGAGGCCCUGCUGCUACUGGAGGUCCUGGAGCUGCUGGAGGUACUGCUGGUGCUGGAGCUGCUGGUUCGGCUGGAGGUUCUGGUGCUGCUGAAGGUGCUGCUGGUGCUGGAGCUGCUGGAGGUGCUGCUGGUGCUACUGGAGGUACUGGAGCUGCUGGAGGUGCUGCUGGCGCUGGUUCGACUGGAGGUUCUGGUGCUGCUGGAGGUGCUGCUGGUGCUGCUGGAGGUACUGGAGCUGCUGGAGGUGCUGCUGGCGCUGGUUCGGCUGGAGGUUCUGGUCCUGUCUCUGCUGCUUCUGGGGGCACUUCACGGCCGCGGCCGUACUUCGUUCCACUCCUUCAGCAGGUUCUUGGUCAGCCGCCUCCUCCUAGUCCUCCUCCCUCCUUAGAGUGUCCUCUGCCUGUCCAGUCACACUCACAGCUACCGCCUGCCUCGCCACUUCCUGGUCCUUCUCCCUACACUGGUCCGACAGGCGGUCUUACAGAGCGUCGUGAGCCUGAGUCCCGUCUUGUGUCACCUGUGUCUCGUCCUGUGUCACCUGUUCGUGCUACUCGCACUGGUCGCCGUGUUCCACGUGAGCGUCCUCCACCUGUCCCUGGCACACACACUAUGACUCUGCGUCCUUCCACUGCUCCACAGCGUGUCCCUCUGCCGUCUCCUCCUGCGUCCUCUCUUCCUGCUCUUGCUGACCUGGAGUCUGACCGGGUUCGUGCUGCCAGUCCUACUGUCACGCGUCUCCUGGCCACUGCUGUCACUGACCCUUCCUUUGAGUCUGCUGCUGCGUCUGCCCUAGUUGCUGAGCUAGUCGACUUUGCUGCUCACUGUCGUCUAGACUACGCCGCCAGUCUUGUUGCUGAGUCUCCGUCUGUCUGUCCUCCGUCCGUCGGGGGUGAGUGUGCUCUAGGCACGGACGUCCUUGAGGACAGACAGGAGGACCUUGAGUGUCUUGCAGCCGCUGCGCCUCAUCUCGUGUCCAUGCUGAUUGCCCCUGAGGGAGACCCGGAUGCUCCAGACAUCCCGACCCCGCGCUCUUACGCUGAGGCGAUCGCGGGUGAGUACUCCUCUCAGUGGCAGUCAGCCAUGGAUGCAGAGAUGGCAUCCUGGAAGUCCACAGGCACUUACGUCGACGAGGUUCCCCCUCCUGGGGCGAACAUCGUCAGUGGCAUGUGGACUUUCAGGGUGAAGCGGCCGCCGGGUUCCCCGCCUGUCUUCAAGGCUCGUUACGUUGCUCGAGGCUUCAGUCAGCGAGAGGGAGUAGACUUCUUUCAGACCUUCUCCCCCACCCCGAAGAUGACCACUCUUCGGGUGCUACUGCACGUUGCUGCUCAGCGUGACUACGAGCUUCACUCUCUUGACUUCAGCACGGCUUUCUUGCAGGGCAGCCUGCACGAGGAGAUCUGGCUGCGCCGCCCUCCUGGCUUCACUGGGUCGUUUCCUCCUGGUACCCAGUUGAGCCUCCGGCGGCCGGUCUACGGUCUCCGCCAGGCGCCACGUGAGUGGCACGACACACUGAGGACUACUCUUGCGGCACUUGGGCUCUCGCCCACGUGA